CCCGCCCCUCUCAGCGCUCCGAGGCCUAGAACUUUGCCUCCUGCCCCACAGGGAACGUCCUCACGCAGGCAGUGACCCCGGGACUGAGCAUGGCUCUCCAGCCCCGCGGGCCGGCCCUCCUCUGCCUUCUGCUGGGCCUGCAGGGGCCUCUGGCUGCAGUCUUCAUCCCCCAGAAGGAAGCCCACGGCGUCCUGCACAGGCGAAGGCGCGCCAACUGGCUGCUGGAGGAGCUGCGACCCGGCUCCCUGGAGCGAGAGUGCCGGGAGGAGCGGUGCUCCUUGGAGGAGGCCCGGGAGAUCUUCCAGAGCAGCGAGCGCGCGAGGCAGUUCUGGAUUUCUUACAAUGACGGGGACCAAUGCGCCUCGAACCCGUGCCAGAACGGAGGCUCCUGCGAGGACCAGCUCCAGGCCUACCUCUGCUUCUGCCCGGACGGUUUCCAGGGCCGCAACUGCGAGACAGACGAGAAUGACCAGCUGGUCUGUGUGAAUGAUAACGGAGGCUGCCAACAGUACUGCCACGACCACGCGGGGAGCCGGCGCUCCUGCGGGUGCCACGAGGGGUACGCGCUCCAGGCUGACGGGGUGUCCUGCGUGCCCACAGUUGAAUAUCCGUGUGGAAAAAUUCCUGUUCUGGAAAAAAGAAAUGGCAGCAAUCCCCAGGGCCGAAUCGUGGGUGGCAAGGUGUGCCCCAAAGGGGAGUGUCCCUGGCAGGCUGUGCUGAGGCUGAACGGCGCCCUGCUGUGUGGCGGCGUCCUGCUCGAUGCCACCUGGGUGGUCUCUGCAGCCCACUGCUUUGACAGAAUCAAGAGCUGGAGGAACCUGACAGUUGCUUUGGGUGAGCACGACCUCAUCGAAGAGGAGGGCAGCGAGCAGGAGCGGCACAUCUCUCAGGUCACCGUCCACGCCAAGUACAUCCCGGGCAAGACAGACCACGACAUUGCCCUGCUCCGCCUGCGGGACCCCGUGGCCUUCACGGACCACGUGGUGCCCCUCUGCCUGCCUGAGAAGACCUUCUCCGAGAGGACACUGGCCUUCGUGCGCUUCUCGUCUGUGAGCGGCUGGGGCCAGCUCCUGGACAGGGGUGCCACAGCCCGGGAGCUCAUGGCCAUCCAGGUGCCCAGGCUGAUGACCCAGGACUGCCAGGAGCAGUCGCGCAGGAGGGCGGGCUCCCCAGCGGUCACGGAGAACAUGUUCUGUGCCGGCUACCUGGACGGCAGCAAGGACGCCUGCAAGGGCGACAGUGGGGGCCCGCACGCCACCGAGUUCCAGGGCACGUGGUACCUGACUGGCAUCGUGAGCUGGGGCCAGGGCUGUGCAGCUGAGGGCCACUUCGGGGUGUACACCAGGGUCUCCCAGUACACGCAGUGGCUGCUCAGGCUCAUGGGCUCCCAGCCGCCCUCGGGGGGGCCUCCUCCGGGCCACACCCCCCAGCACCGCUCCUGACCAAUAAAGCUGUCACUGCUCUUGG